CUUCCGGGUCAGCGGCGGCGGGGGAAGCGGCGGCACCGGGCCCGCUCGGCGCGGCCAUGGGCGGUGCAGGCGCUGUCGGGCUGCGAAGGCUUUAGUGGAACUAGGAGCGCAGGAACGGGAGUGCGUGAGGCGCGACCUUCAGUCGGGACACCUGGAGCUGCUCAGCACGGCCCGGUGCGGGGCACCCAGCUCAGCCCGGUGCGGGGCACCCAGCUCAGCCCGGUGCGGGGCGCCCACCCAGCCCGGUGCGGGGCACCCAGCCCGCCCAGCCCGGUGCCCGCAGGGCAGCACCAUGUUCGCGAAGCUGAAGAAGAAGAUCGCGGAGGAGGCAGCGACCGCCCCCCGGCCGGGCGGGACCGGCCGCAUCCCGCGCUCUGUCAGCAGAGAGUCCGUCACCUCCGCGGGAGCAGACUCCGGCGAUGACUUUGCUUCAGAUGGGAGCAGCUCUAGGGAGGAUCUUUCAUCCCAGUUGUUCAGACGAAAUGAACAAGUAAGGAAACUGGAGGUCAAGCUGUCUGAUUAUGCUGAUCAGAUCCGAAACCUGCAGAAGAUAAAAGAGAAGCUUGAAAAUGCAUUAGAAAAACAUCAGGAUUCCUCCAUGAGGAAGUUUCAGGAGCAGAACGAAGCUCACCAGGCCAGUCGAGCCAAGAUGGCUGAGGGAAUGGCUUUGGCCUUGGAAAAAAAGGACCAGGAGUGGAUGGAAAAACUGGGUCAAGUUGAAAAGGAAAAAAAAAUGCUUGAAACCCAGUUACAAGAAAUGAGGGAGCAGAGUUUGAACUUCUUUCAAAAAAGAGAUGAAAUUGAUGAGCUGGAGGGCUUUCAACAGCAGGAAAUUGCCAAAGUUAAACACAUGCUUUUGAAAAAGGAAGAAUCUCUGAGCAAAGCAGAGCAGGAGCUGGAGUCGUGCACCCGGGAGCUGACCCACACCAGGGAGGUGCUGCAGGACAUGGGCAGCGAGUCUGCAGCCCUCAGGAGGGAUCUGCAGGAGCUGCAGCAGCAGUUCUUGGAGCUGGAGGCACAGAGAGAUGAACUAAUGACAGCUGAGACAAAUGCAGAAAAUAAGAUCACUGCUCUGGAAUUAAGAGAACAGGAGCUACAAACUGUCAUUCAGCAGCUUUCUGUAGACUUACAAAAUGCUCGAGUUGCUGGUUCUGGUUGUGAGAAGAGACUGGAAAUGUUACAGGCAGAGCAUCAAUCUCUGAAGGUGGAAUAUGAACAGCACAGGCAAAAGAUGACUUUGGAAUUAGUUGAGAGAAAUGAACUGACAGAACAGCUGCAGGAAAAGGUGUCUUCCUUGGAAAAGAAGCUAGAAAGAAAUCUUUCAGGGGAUGAACAUGUGCAGGAGCUACUCAAGGAGAAAACUGCUCUUGAGCAGAAGCUGGAUGAAACCAGGCAGCAGGUACUGACAGACAGGACACAUCACGCUGAGGCUGUGAACCACUUGGAAACACAGAAUAAAGAACUGGAACAGAAACUACAGAUUGCAACAGAAGCCCUGAAGAAGAGCAAAGAAGCAGCUGCUGAGCAGGAUCUGAAGAUCCAGAAGUUGCAAACUGAUCUAGAGGAUGAAAGAAGUAAACUACAGCAGCAGAUUUUAAGUGAGAAGCAUCAGUAUGAUCAGAAGGUUACUGGGCUGGAGUCUCAACUUGCUGCUGUUAAAGCAGCUUGGGAAUUUGAUAGAACAGCUGCUCAGAGCAAGAUUACUCAUUUGGAAAAGGAAAAUGAAAAUUUUAAUGGAAUCAGAGAAGAGUAUGAGAGCUCUCUGAAAGAACAAGAGUCUGAAUUGCACAGGCUCAAGAAUGAGUUGAGCAGCAGAGAGACCGUCAGUGUCGAGAUUGCCAAAGCGCUGGAGGAGACACGCAGACAAAGAGAGGAGUUGCAGCAGCAGGUUUCACAUCUUGCUUCCGUGAUAAAGGAAAAAGAGCAGCUGAUUGAUGAAAAAAGUGAUAUGCUUCUAAAACAGAAAGAAGAACUAAACCAACUCAGUCAAGAUCAUGAAGCUGUCUUGCUGCAGGUGCACCAGUUGCAGUCUGACCUAGAAGCAAGCAACAGCCAAGCAGUGGAGAGGGAAGAAAUGGCAAGAAAGGAAAUAGAGGAACUGAAGCUGCAGGUACAGGAGGGCCUGUUGGCCAGAGAACAUGACAAAAAAGUUUCAGAUCUAGAGGAAUCCAGAGCCUUGACCAAGCAUUUCCACUCUCCAGAAGACCAUGUGGUGGAACAGAAUGGAGAGGUAGCAGCUGCAGAUGCCAGUCAACUUCAGAAGGACAACAGAGAGCUGGAACAGCAAAUUGCUGAGAAAAACAAGAUGAUAAAGCAGCUACAGCAAAGAAUGACAGAACUCAAGAAAACCCUCCAGAAAGAGCUGAAAAUAAGGCCUGACAUUGAUGUCCCUGAAGUUCGUGAAAAAGCAAAUGCUGAAGUGCCUAAUGCUUCUGUGACUGUCACAAACAACUCUGAUUUAAAUGACUCCAGGGAGAUAAACUUCGAAUACCUUAAACAUGUUGUACUAAAAUUCAUGUCCUGCCGGGAAUCUGAGGCAUUCCAUCUAAUUAAAGCUGUGUCUGUGUUGCUGAAUUUUUCACAAGAGGAAGAAAACAUGCUUAAAGAAACUUUGGAGUACAAGAUGUCGUGGUUCGGGUCAAAGCCAUCUCCCAAGGGCAGCAUCCGGCCGUCCAUCUCCAGCCCGAGGACACUGUGGCCUUAAGGGAACCUGCAAAUGGGCACUCAGCAUCUAGCCACUUUUUUCUGUGAAAAGAACACUGAACACACUCAUUCAGGUGUGUCUUAAUCACUGUCAUUGCAGUAUUUUGUACAAGAACCUUUGACACUGUUUACAAAAGUAAUACUGUGCAAGGAGAAAUUGUCACUACAAAUGGACACCAUCCCUUCUGGGUUGGAUGGGGACCAUUGUCUUUGUGGUCUCUUCACAGAGGUCAGCUCCUUGUGCUCAUCAAUUUUGUUUUCUUGGCACCAAAGGCUCGUGCCAACCUCACUGGUGGGGGCCUGGCAGUGCCAGCUUCUGACACGUGCAUCUGCUGUGAUGGUGAUUCCAGCAUCUGGGCAGUGCUGGGCUGAGGGACUCCAGGCACAGAAAAGCUUCCUUGCCUCCCUGUGCAAAGCAAGCAGUGAAAAUAAGUGUUGGCAGUGCUGUGUUGAGUUUCUGACAGUUUGAAAAGCUUUUCAAAGAACGGGAGCAGGAGCUUUAACCAAAAAAGAAAUCUGCCUUGCCUUGUGAUACUAAUAGUUUGUGUUUUUUUCAUAUCACUGUGUAUUUUAAGGUGCAUAUAUCCUGGCUUGCAGUCCUGAAGGCUGCAUGUUGAUGAUGAUUAUUUAAUUUGAGAGCACAACUUUAGAGUUGUCUGAUUUUACUUUUCUUAAAGAAAAAUAAUAUUUAAAAUGGUCUUAAUUAUAGUACCUAAUACUCAGUCGCCUUUAAAACUAAUCUGUUAGCCUUGUACCAUAGGUUGUUAGCUUUGGGAAAAAGGGGUAGUAAACCAUUUUAAAUUUUUAAAGCUGAAUUCCAGGUAUUGUAAAUGCACACUGAGAAUACCUUUUAUUUAAAAAGAUAACAAUAAUCUAGUGACAAAGGUUGAAGAAUAUUGGUACUAAACACUCGAUAUUUUUCUUUUUCUUCUGAGUCUGCUAGCAACAAAUCUUCAUGACCAGUAUCUGCCUCUUUGGUUGUGGUUUUCUGUACUUCAAAUACUGAUGCUUUAAAAACUGUUAUGAACAUCUAGUGGGGCUGUUAACUGUCUCCUAACUACGUGGUAAAAGAAAUUCUGCUCAUGAGGGUUUUGGUUUUACGGGCAAAAUUCAACUCUUAAUUAAUAAAUCUAGGUUUCAGCAGUUUGUUUUUCUUCCUCCUUAAGAAAAGGGGACCAAGUUUGCACUUGCCUCACAGAGUUGAAGCACAAGUUUGCCUGUAGUUAUUACCAGCACUGUGAAAUCUUUCUGAAAAUGGUAAGCAGCAGUAAGCCUGACUUCUUAAAAAUGGGGCAUAUUUUUUAAAAACAACAUGUGUAUGGAAUUCAGUGAGCAGGCUGCUAUUAUGGCAGCUCUGGUACGAUGAGGUUUGUGCUACUGACAAUUAUUUUAUUAAAUAUCUUCAAGAAAAUGCAGCCUGUCCUCCAGUGGAGAUAGUCACUGUUCAGGUUUUACCUUUGCUGACAGGGCUCUGAAGGACCUUGGUGGUGGCAGCUGAGACUUAAGAGUCACAGCUCGUGAGCAGCUCCUUGAGCUGCUCCCUGCUCCACACACACUCCUGCUGUGGUGGAGAUUGAGUCUCCUGCCCCAUCAGGUCAGGUAGCAGAGCUGUGAUGGUGCUGCAGAGCUGUCCCUGAGCUGGCCUCCCAGGCUGUGUUAAUCAGCCACAUCCCAGACACAGGUCCCUGCAGCAGCUCUUGGCUGAGCACAAAGGACACUCCUCAGUUUAGAGCUAGGUUGUAUUUAUUUGAAGUUAAGAAAACCAAGAGGACCUUUUUAGGACACUAAAGAGCCCAAACAGUCUGUAGUAACCUGAUUCAUGGCACUUAAUGUUACCAGAGGGGAAGUUUAUGAGAAGAGUACAACUCUGCUCCAAGAUGAAAACAGACAAUCAAAAUAGAUUUAUAUCAGUUGUUUCCCUACUGAAGCAAAGCAGGGGCAGGAUAUAACCCUGUUGGUUCUGGCAAGAUUUUAUUCUCCAAGGUCUUUUUCUUUAGAAUGUCCCUUUGCCCUGGCCUGUUUCUGUGGGACCCAAGAGCAGGGGACAGGAUUCCCUCUGCUCCUCCUGAAUGCCUAAUUGGUUUACCUUGAUCCUGGCUUGAGAGGUUACUGCUGGACAGUCAGAGCAGUACAAAACAGCCUGGAAUAGAGAGUGACAACAUAGAAUCUUAUCUAUUCAUUAACACAACUUCAGUUUAAGAUUCCAAAGCUCAUACAGGAUGAACUUGCCACAAACUUGUUCUUAAGUGUUGAAUUUUCUUUAGCUGUCAGAGCAAAAAUGGUGUGUAUACAUACAUUAAAAAGUUAAUGCACUUUCCCUUGUAUAAAAAAGUGGUAUAUAUCAUCCUUUCUAUGGCUGUUGGAUUUCUUUCCUUCUAUGCUGUAAAUAUGGAUUGUAUUAUGAAACACUAUGAAAUUUGUGGUGCAAUACAUUUUGGAUCAAAACCCUAA